UGCGCUCGCUACUAUUCCUCCUGGCUCAACUUCAAGAGCGGAGUCACGUGUCCCGAACAUCCAGCCAGGAGGGACUUUCCGAGCCGGGACUGGGAGUGUUGUCAUUAUUGGAAGGCGCUCCUGUUGCGCUGCGUUGUUCCUGGUCUGUUGUAUUUUGGGUUUUCAUUUCUCGCCGAUGAUGCUUGCAACCGGAAGUAGACAUGGUUGCUGACACUUCGAUAGAAAACUGUUACUACAAACUGGACGAGAAGCCCGAGGUGAAAGUGACCAAUGGCCGGUGGAGCGCGUUCGUGCUGUGCCUCAGCUUGUUGCUCGGUGUCGAGGUCUUUGGGACCGCGUGCCUCUUCUAUAGUUUCUCCAAGGAAAUCAAAGAGACACAAGAACUGGCACGAUUAAAAGAUUACCAAUUGCGCUGCAUAAAUUAUCUUGCUGAACCUAAUUUUACAGAACAAGAACUUAAUGGUGAUAUUGAUUGUGAAUUUUGGCUUCAGGAACUGAAUGUCACACUUGAUAAGAGACUGAAAUCUGAUAUCAGAAACACAGUAUAUCAUGAAUUUGCAGUGCAAAAUGUAUCCUUAUUUGCAUAUGACAGACCAGCUAUCCACCUAAAGCCACAAAAAAACAGAAGACAAUUACGUAGUCGACUGGACAAUGAUUUUCCAUACUUCAAGCAAGCAGAUGGACGUGAUGUGAUCCUAUGGGAAAACUCGGAGGAGCUGACUUUCCAGCAAGGGUUGAUGGAUUACAGGGAUGGAGAGAUUAUCGUAUUACGAGAUGGCCUAUACUUUAUAUAUUCACAGAUUUAUUUUUGGACUACUCCCCAAGUCAAGGAGUUUCAACAACAACCUUUCCUUCAGUAUGUAUACAGAAAAACCUCUUACCAGGAUCCAGUCCUUCUGUCCAAAGCAGUUGUCACCAAGUGCUGGCAUGAGGCUGCUGAGUUUGAUCUCUUUUCCAGUUAUCAAGGAGCAUUGUUUGAACUGACCCAGGGAGACCGCAUAUUCCUAAAAGUGACAGAUGUUACCGCUGUAAGCUUGAAUGAAGAAUCCACCUAUUUUGGAGCAUUUAUAGUUUAUUAAACACUAAAAUCAAUAUCAUGGAGCCUUCACUAUGGUUUAUGCUUUACAUUAAUUUUUGCAUUGGACUAUGUAGGAGGGUUUAAUUGGUUCACAUUUCAUGAUAACAGUUUUAAAUGCUGUAUUGGUUCACACAGUGAAAAGAAUAUAAUUUUAAAUGCCUUUGUUCAAGAGAAAACACUUUGGUGUUAUACUGUACAUGCAGGAAAAUGUAGGUUUUCCCAAGUGUUAACCUUUUUUAACUUGUAUUUUUGAUGUCAAAAACAAAUGGUAGGGCAAUAAAAAGGAAAGACAUCCACUUA